UGUAUACGGUACCACAGUGGUAUAUUUUAUAUUGAGCUCUGUACAAGAACUCCAGCUGGAAUUUCCCUGCUUCUUUUCUGGAACUCUUCUGAUAAUGCUGUUAUUGAUGAUGCAUUCUGUAGGACAGACAGCAAUUUGGCAUUUGCAAUGUUACAAUUCACUUUUAGAUGUAUUUGAUGCAUUACUCCGUUAGGUUCAGGGUAAGUGGCUGUGCACCAAGAACCACUGUGUUCAAAAUUGUCAAAAUGUAAGUCUAUGGUCAAGGAAAGUGUACAUGUAAACAGUCAUCAGCCAACUUUUACAAGUGUGCUACAGCAUUUGGGUUCUCUUGUGUUUGUGGUAGUUUAUCGACGGUUAUUGUGAGAUGAUUUUGCUCCGUGGAGCCAUUGACUUUCGGGAAAGCCAUCAGUCUCACCGUCUCACCCAGUAAGUACUGCAUUUGUUGAAAUAUAUCUUCUUGUAUCUGUCCUACAUAUGUGUCAGACUUGAUAGUGCAUCUUUAGUAUCAUCACUGAUGAAACAUCUUUGCACUUUGUGUUACACCACAACUUGAGUGAAAAAGAUUAUAUAUCCUAUGCAAUUGAAUCUUCCAGUCUGAGUUACCUAAAAGGUGACAUAAUAACUACUGGCAUUGAAGGGAAUUAGUUAUUCUGUUACUCAAAUCGUGUAGAGUUUUUGUAGAUGGGCUAUAGUCAGUGAUCCUCUACUGAUGCCUUGACUUUUGGAAAGGCAAUUUCUCUUCAAGUAACACCAAGUGAGUAUAUUCUUUGUAAGCAAAGAUAAUGCAUGCGCUGAACUCUGUUUGACAUGUCUUAACAGUUAUUAUACGCAUUGGAUAGCUGCGUUUAGAUGAGACACAUAACCCACGUAUGCUGCGAAAGAUAACGUCAAUUUAUUAGAGGGAUUGUUUUCUCGACAUCUUUGGUGUAAUGGCUAAAAUGCGUAAUAUGAAACAUACCUAAUUACAGCUAAGUCCACUGAUAAAUAUAGGAAGAUGAAAAAUGCUUUCUUUAGAUUAGAUUUUUAGGAUUUGUGUUGCUUUUGUGAGCUCCUGGAAAUAUGUAGCUGUAUUAUAACUGCCAAACAUGAGAUUACCACUGUUAAAACUCUGUUCCUAAUAUACAUGGCAUGUGAGUGAUAUAAAGCACAUUCAAAAUAAGUUAAAUAUGUACUCUUGCCGUAAGUAAUAGUUUUGAGUUCUGGUCUUGUAUGUCAUAAUACACCAGGUAGCAUGAAAUAAGCCACAAACUCUUUUUGAUCAGUGUGUCCAAUUGUGUGAGCCAACAGCAUUGUAGUUAAAAAAAGACUGUUUGUAAUGUGGUCAGAGCAAAGUUUGUGACUAUUCACACAGGCAUAAUUAUGUAACUUCUUCUCCACAGAAGACCCUCCAAAAUCUCCCCCUUCCAUUUCAAUUCUGACCCCCGCGGGAGUCGGGUCAACUGCGACCACUCAGGUAUGUUUGGCCGAGACGUUUGGGAGCAAGACCGGGGAGAUGACGGUGACCACGACUGAAGCAGUCAAAGUGGAUGUGUCAAAGUCAGUCCUGUCCCCCCAAAAGAAGACCUACUACUUAGCUGCCUUUGUGUCUAAUGCCAUAAAGGAAUGCAGUCUGCAAGGUGUGACCGAAAAGUCAGAGGAAAAUGAUCUCCAAACAGUCCCUCCAGUUAUGGAAGUGACUGAAAAAAUGCCUGAACCCAACUGUGUCAAUGUCACCAUUAGCAACCAGACGGUGGUUUCAGAUCCAGAUCCAGAUCCGAAGAUGAAUUUCAUGUCUUUGUUGGUCACUGGUCUGAGGAUUGUGUUUGCAAAAGCAGUGGCAGUUAACGUGAUGAUGACUGUCAAAGUACUGGUGAUGUAAGGAACUGUGGAGAAAUCAGUCUAAUUCCUUCAGGCUGAUUCGCAAGUUUCAUUUGCAGUAGAUCACAUCGCUCCUGUGUAAUUGAGAUCUGAGAUCUGUUGGAUAGACAUAUGUUUGCAAUAUUUCAUAGCUUUGACUGCAGUAUGGAGCUGGUAGAAUUCAACCCUUGCUAUUUACUAUCCUUGCUAUUUCAUAACAUAUGCUUUUAAAUCAUGAGCCUAUGAACCACAAACUUUCUAACAUUUUUUCUGUACGCUAAUUAAAAAACAAAACCAA